CCAUCACGACGCUCGGGGGGGGUGGUAGGGGCGGCAAGACCAUCGCGAGUGAAAGGUUUGCAGAUAUACCUUUGAAACCCUUGUUCGAGCACUGGCGGCAUGCUUCCCAACCACCACCAACCCGACCAUAUUCGUGGCGACGACACGGUCAUCCGUGGCGGCUUGAUGUUUUCGACGGGGCAGAUGGAGGCCCGCCACUUUGGCCAUGUCCCGACGACGCCGUCGAACCAGGUUCACUGGUCGGUGCGGUACGUAGAGUUGUCCAUGGACCGCAUGCUGCGGUUCUACACGGCGCCCAAUGGAGCGUUGACGAGUUGUUUGAAUGUGCGGCACUGCAACCGCGUCGAUGCGUCGGUCGCUGCGACGGUGUUUACAGGCCGCCGCGUCACGAGUGUGUGGCGGGUGCGGCUGCAAUUCGACAACAACUGCACGAUUGUGUUGGGGGCGCUGUCCAAGUCGAGCAUGCAUGCGUGGGCGGCAGCCCUCCAAGAGUACUGCGACGCCCCGUCGGCGACGGCCCCGGCGUUCCCCCUGUCCAAAAGCAAAAUACCACGCACGAUUGCCGCCAUCGAGCGCAUCGCUGAGAUGUGGAGGCAUGUCUUCCCCGUCGAGCCCACGACCGAGAGGCGGAAGCGGCACCCUGACCACCGAACGAUCUCCGCGAGUCGCUUGCCACCUCGUUCAGAGAGAUAAUGCACCCGUUUUCAGUACCAUA